UUAUCUCAUUGCGAAAAAUAACGCAAAAAAAAAUAAUUAUGAAAAUGAAUUGUAGCUCUCCGUUUCAAGGAACUGAAAAAUGAUUGUGCAAAAAUAAAUCAAAUUCGACUAUUCAAGGCUUAAUGGAUGAAGAACACUAAUGGAACACAUGAAGAAUGAUGAGAAUAUAUUCAUAGUUAUCGAGGGGUUAUUUUGAGGAGCUGUCCCAAGAUGGCGCUAUUCGUCCUACGGCUCUCAAGUUUGUUGUCAUUGGACAACGCUUCACAGCCUCAUGAUUCUGUCCAAAGUUUCGAUCCGACCUUCGAUGGUGAUAAUCGAUGGUCAGCAUCUUACAACAUAGACAAUCCUGAUUAUUAUUCACGAGGAUAUAGUACAGGAAACUUCUAUGGCGCGAUAGACCCUACCGAUUUGCCGUCUACACUUCCCAUAGCUUCUCCGUUAAUCUCUAGCAUUCCACGAGCAAAUUCCCAGUACACCAACGGAACUCUUGCGCCAUCCGAGACUCCACCGGUGAUCGCUGAAGAAUAUUCGAAUUCUUCAACAUCGGCGCUCGUAGGAUCGGAUAUAGAAAAUUAUCUCAAGAUCAAAUCAGCUGACAGUGGUGGAAUCAAAUCAGAUAUCAAUAGUUCGACAAGUUUCACUCCUGCAGCUCACAACGUAUCGGGAAUUGGAGGCCGACUCACUGUAGAGAAACUUGUAGACAAGUCAGAAGAUUUGCUUGAUAUGAUAGGUGGCCUAGUGCCUGUUAAUGAUAAAGUCGAAUCCUCUGAACCCGUUCCAAAUUUUGAGUACUAUGAUUUUUCAGCCGAGAAAAAUAACUUGCAUAUUCCUCAAACUUUAACAGCCCAAUCCUUGGUCAGUCCAGUUCCUUACCCAAGAGUUAGACCGACAGACAAGAAAAUAACGACGACAGAUGCUCCAGCCGUUCAAAUCAUACACUCGCCAUCAGAUGUGGAAACAAAUCCAGUCACAAUAACACCACCGACAUCAACCCCACUUCUAAAGAAGACAAUCGAUCCCGUAAAAAUCGACUUAGGAGUGUCGACAAGAACCAAUCCUUAUCCGUACGGACCGAUGUUGCUGCCUGGGUAUGGCGGAGUGUCGUCUGGGAGCGCAAGCACCGUGCGCAGUCGUGUUCCAAGUGACCAAACUCCUACCGUGCAGCCUCCGGGAGAAGAGUACGAGUACGAGUACGAGGUUUAUGACUACAAAGACAGCGGACGCAAAGUUCAGACACAAAGACCACCAGUGCUCUUCCAUUUUGAUGGUCCAGGAUAUGUUCCAGAGGCUCCAAGCACGUCCGCUCCUGCAGUCCGAAGUCCCACACCUAGUGACCCGUGGGACUGUGCUCCGCGAUGUCCUAACUACACGCUGGAAGACUGGAACUCUUACUACGAUGUGCGAAGAUAUCCUGAGAUGACUUGGCUCAGUACCAUCAUCAUCAACAAGGACAGGGUUCUUGCUGAGCUGGAGGGCUACAUGAGACUACAAGACUACUUCUUUGGACUCAAUGACCGCGGUCAGGUCCUGAAUCUUUCAGCACCGUUCAUAACACAGAUCAAACAUGGCCGCCAUCCUGGUAUUCUUUCUGAAGUGAACGACUUUACCAUCUCCCUGCACGUGCCACCUGGAGCAGCUGGUGAGGGGUAUGAGUUACCCACACCCAUCAGUAAUGAGGUGCUAAUCGACACACUGGAGGCCAAGACCGUCUUCGUGGCGAGUUUCGAAGUGGACGUGUGGGACGUGACGACGGACUUCCUACAACGCAAGGCCGAGUCCCUCAUGAGCAGACUGCGCAGCAACGGCGAGGCUUUUGUUGACAGAUAUUAUUAUCUUGCUUCAUACAGCAGACCGGAGCUGUACCAGCCAGUGUACUACGAGGUGUGGGUGUACGCGACCAGCUUCAGGAGCCCCCAUGUACCGCCCCCUGAACCCCUGCCUCGCCCCAAGAUGCCCCCCCUCAGUAAAGUCACCCAAGAAACCAUGCAGCGGCUCUGCAGAGGAGUGGAGUGCCCGUCGUUCGAAGUGGUGAGGACAUACAAAUACGGUAUACAAAAACGUCGCUACUUCGACGUAGUCUUCGCUUCCGUCUCUCCAGGCGACUGCUACUUCUCCACACUGUCUGUGUGGAAGGGAUUCAUGCCGUUGCAUUUAUACAAACAUGGCAUCAACUCGCACAUGGAAGUAGUAGAGGCAACUCGUCCGAUUGCGGUGGUGCGGGUGAAAGAAGACUCGACUCCUAACACCGAGUGCCCCCAGAACUUGACCAUGUCACUCUUCCUGCCCCGACGCCUGCACUCAGCGCCGCCUGUCACCGGCUACACCGCCCCUGGACCUGUGGUGAUCACGGCCCUGGAAGACGUGAUGGUCUAUGCCUACACCGUGGGAGGCUACCUCAUAGACCCCCACCGAGUCAGGAAAGAACUCUCCGACCUGCGCUACAGACUUACUGAAUUUGGGGCGUGUUAUAAGGAUGACGUGUACUACGUUGUGGUUUACGACUUCAUUUCUAGAUAUCACGGACGGCAAAACGAAAUUUGGGUCGUUGCUGAGAACUGCAGAGCCACGCACAAUGGCUAGGAUUUAGACAACUGAUGCUGAGACUUAAAUAUAUACAAUAUUAUAGAAGCUGGGAAUAGAAUUUAAGCAGUUUAAAAUAAAAGUAAAUUAUCAACUUAAUUAAAGAUAUUCAAGAUUGAGAAGAGAUAAUACGAGAUUGAGAGAUAAUACGAGAUUGAAAAAAUUGAAAGAUAAUACGAGAUUUACCGGGCGGGGAGAUAUUAAACAAAACGGAUUCUCUGAUGCGUACAUGAUUGGUAAACACACCAAGAAUAUUCAACGUCAUCUUCAACAUAAGUUAGAAAGGAUUCGAGUCAAAAUUAUGACCUAGAAAAAAUUCUUAUUAGAAUACCACCGAGUUUAAAUUUCCAAUUUUCGA